GACAUUUCGUGAUCGGAAAAACUUUAAUUCGGUCUCUUUGCGAAAUCGGCGUUUUCGUUCACUAAAUAAACCCAAGAUGUUGACCAAUCAGAUCCUUUCUGCUGCCCGUGUUAUGGGACUGCAAGCUCGCCGUAACUAUGGUGUGUCCGCAGUGUUGCUGUCGAAGGCGAGUGAUCCCAUCCAGCAACUGUUUGUGACAAAACUGCGAGAGUACGCUCAGAAGAGCCAGGGCGCCGGUGGCAAACUGGUGGAUUCUACUCCGGAAAUCGAAAAGGAACUGAAACAAGAGAUGGAGAAACUGGCAAAGCAGUAUGGCGGUGCCCAGGGUGAGGACAUGACCGCCUUCCCUACGUUCAAAUUCGAAGAACCUAAAAUCGAAGCGAUUAAUUCGGCUGCUUAAAUCACACCUCGUCGUCGAUAAGCAGGUCUCUAACAAUAGGAACUAAAACUACUGCUGUUCAAACAGAUGUAAAAA